AUGGAGGAGACAGAAAAGACGUAUCCUCAAUAUGACGACCUAAAUUAUGAUGACCUGACGACAGCUUUUGGUAGGUUAGAUACGGAGGUGAAGGAAGAGGCUAUGUAUGGUAAUGAUCCUAUAGCGAUAACCAAUCUUAAAAGUGAACUGGACUAUGUAAGGAAUCUCAUGGAGACACGUGAAAUAAUUUCCAGAAUUGAAGGGUCCUUGAAGGAAAUUAAAAGACUUAAGGAGCAGGAAACAACCUUUACUGAGGGUAAUGAUGGUACAGUGAACAUCCAAGGACCAUCAGGAAGUACAACCGUCCCAGGAGUCAACUUCGUGGAAGACCCAAACAAUGUACUUCCAGAUGUGCUAGAUGCAUUCAACGAAUCAUUUGACUCUAACUGGGAUGAAAUAGAAGCCCGCCUAGAGAGACUAAAUAAGAUUUCAACAGCAAAUAAAAAGAGAGAUUUCGAAAACCAAGUAGAGCGUGUUCAAGCUGUCACAAUAGUUAUCAAGGGUAAGGAGGGACUAAUACUAGACCCAAAGAAUAAAUAUGUCAGGGAACUCAUCAAACGAUCAUCUGUAAGAACACUCAAGGAUGGCACAGAGGUGUUGGUAUUUAGAAGUGAACAAGGUAUUGACAAAAGUGGGACACAAAUAAUGAAACGUGGUAAGACCAAGAUUCCUGUGUACUCAAAGGACUCACCUGCUCUGAGAGAAUAUAAGGACCUUCUAAAGAAAAUAAAAGAGGUACCUACCGAUCCUGACAAUAUAAUUGGAAGUGAUGAAUCAAUUUACGAGAAGCCACAAUUUGAUGAAAGUAGUGAGGAAUACGCUGACCGUGAGAACAUUGAGUUAAUAGACAUAGAUGCAAAAGUAGGAGACCUUCCAGGGCUAACAAUACAAGAAAACAAUGAACUGAGGGGUGUUCUUAACCCACCUGAUGGAUCAAGCAAAGAAGGCAGAACAGGUCCCAAUGGAGCGUUACAAGUUCAGGCUGACUACUUUAAUGAAGCCAUUAAUGAAACCAUGAAACGAACCGCCUCUGUUGAAGGUGUAACUGAGUACAAUGCUCUUAUAGAAAGAAUUGAUAGUUUGAAGGAAGCUAGGGAUAGGACACUAGAGCAGAGAGUUGUAGAGGAAGCAAGAGAGGCACAGUUGGAAGACAUUUCUAGAUUACGCAGAUUUAUUAAAUGGUUAGGGGAGGAAAAAGUGGGUCUAGCUGGAAUAGCAAUAUCAACAGCAAGUCUAAUAACAACUCUUCUUGUACAUGCUAGGGGAGCCAUUGUGGAGACAGCAAAAGCCACUGGUAAAGUAGCAAAAGCAUUAGCAAAUUUAGCAAAGAAAGCAGGACCAAUUCUAGUUCCAAUUCUGAACACCAUUGCAACGGCGCUAUCAUGGGGAGCCAAAGGAAUUGCUUGGUUAGCGUCACACCUAUGGGUACUAGCUAUAGCUGCAGCCUUAAUGGUAUACAACUAUUACACAAAGUAA